AUCCCCACAUUUUCAAGUAGUAUUUCAGCAAGACGAAGAAAAUCACGAUAAAUUCAAUAAUAAAUAAUUCUGAAAAAGUGUUAAUAUUCGAAUUACUUGUUGCGAAUUUGAACUGAGUGUUUCAAUUUUGAUAUAAUCAUGAGUAAUGAUUGGACGACAGUUACCGUUUUGAGGAAAAAACCUCUCAAACCAUCAGCCAUGAAAACCGAAAAGGCAAUCAACACCGCUCGGAGGCAAGGAGUUCCCGUUGAAACACAGCAAAAAUGGGGUGCUGGUACCAAUAAGCAACACGUUACUACAAAAAAUACUGCCAAAUUGGAUCGCGAAACUGAAGAAUUGAAGCACGACAAAGUAACUCUGGAUUUGGGUAAAUGCAUACAGCAAGCUCGUCAAAAUAAAGGUUUCAGUCAGAAAGAUCUUGCUGCUAAAAUUAACGAGAAACCCCAGAUUAUUCAAGAUUACGAAGCUGGCAAAGGAAUACCAAAUCAAAUUGUUUUAGGAAAAUUGGAAAAACAACUAGGUGUUAAACUUCGAGGAAAAGAUCGAGGACUCGCUCUACUGCCAACCCCUGGAGCCAAAAAGUAGUACUUGUCUUCAGGGGAUGGAUAAAUUUUAAUCGUAAGGUGGAGAAAUUUAAUCAACUUAGAUGUUACGAAUAUGCUCCGUGAAUUGGUCAGAAAUCCAGAAUUAACUCUUGCAACUUUCGAAUUCAUCUUUUUCACCUAUGGAUUAUAUCAUAAUCGGAUGUACUGUUCUUUUUUAAAGCAAUUUUCCUAUAUUUGUAACUUCUUUAUGAAAAUUGUCCCUUUUUUUGAUUUAAUCUCGAGGUUAAUAUUUUGGUGUAAAUUUUGUAAGUCUUAUUUUUACGUUUUUGUUUUUUGUUUCCCAAUAAAAAUGCUAAUGGGAUA